UGUUAGUUAGGUUAAGACUUUCAUCAGCGGUCCACUCAGAACGUCUGAAUUAUACAGUUUUUGCGAGAACAUCACGAAGGAGCUCCCAAAGAGAAAUUGUGUUGUUGCGUUUUGCACAACUUGAGAAAAUUUCCUUUUCACUUUGUGCUAAAUCCAAUUGGGGCUCAGUUCAAUUGAUUGCUAUUCCCGCGUUAAUGAGGGUGAUUUUUCACGAUUUUUUUUUCACGGGACAGUGGACUUUACGGAGCGUGUAAACGCUGUGAACUUUGUGUGUGAGCCAAAGUGGAGUAGUAUUGCUGAAAAUUGCUGGUGAAAAUAGCACACUGAAGGGGGGAGAGUUUGAGUGAAAAAAUCCGUAGCAGUGGUACAGUCGGUAUUAUCAGCUGUAUUAUCCUACCAUCCGUGCUGUAGCUCCGGAAUUGGGAUUUAAAAAAUUUUGUGUGUGAAAAAGUAAAAGUUCACAGAGCGAAAUGGCGGAAACCGUUGAGGAAACAUAUGAGACGGAAGUGCACCGAAAGGUAGUGCGCAAAAGCUUCAAAAUACAGGAAACAUCGUCAACAACGAAAACAACAACUAUGACAACACCUGCAAAGUUGUAUGGGAAAGACUUGAGUGAAUACGAUGAGGUAGAUGUGGAUGAACUUUUGGCGCAAUUGUCGCCAGAAGAAAUUAAAAUACUCGCAAAGGAAGUUGAUCCGGAUGACAAUUUUCUGCCACCAAACCAGAGGUGCAAUUAUGAAUGCGAGAAAGAACCCACGGGGCCAUUGAAUCGCAAGAAACUCAUUGAACACAUCAAUAAGCAAGCCCUGGAAACACCGGAUAUACCCGAAUUGGAGCCCUAUGUCAAGGGGACAGUUCGUGGCAAGAAGUGGAUUCCACCCCCGCCUGAGGAAAAGAUGAAGGAAGCAGAGGAACAAAUAGCCAUUGAUAUGGGUGAUGAGUAUGAACAUGCCCUAAAUGAUGCCACUCAGGAGGAAAUAAUCGAUUUGGCUGCUAUUUUGGGUUUCCAUUCGAUGAUGAAUCAGGAUCAAUAUCAUGCGUCACUGUUGAACAAGGGUCAACCAAUUGGUCUUGGGUGGGAUGGUAUUACAAAGGCCAGUGCACAGAAACUCUUCCCUGCCGAACCACCAAAUGACACAGACAUCGAUGAAUCCAUCAAGCGUGUUAAGGAAAAUGAUCACAAGCUUAUUGAGCUCAAUCUCAAUAACAUUAAGAAUAUACCUGAUGAGAAAUUCGAACAAUUAUUCAGUGCCCUGACACAGAAUGAAUUCUUGGAACUUCUUUCUCUGACAAAUGUUGGAUUGACAGACAAGACUGCCCUUCUUCUGGCUGAGGCCAUUGAAAAGAACAAAACACUGCGUAUUCUCAACGUCGAGACAAACUUCAUAAACCCUCCUGUUAUUGUUAAAUUAGUAAAAUCAUUACUUAAUGGAAAGAGUAUUGAGGAAUUUAGAGCAUCCAAUCAGCGAUCACAAGUACUUGGGAAUAAAAUUGAAAUGGAGAUAACUGAGUUAGUGGAGAAGAACUCAUCACUUCUGCGACUAGGUCUUCAUUUGGAAUUCAAUGAUGCCCGACACAGAAUUGCGGCGCACCUGCAGCGAAAUAUUGAUAGGAGUGAUGGGGUACCAGCUAAUGAAAUCGUGGAUACCACUAAUCAUAAGAAAUCACCAUCACCGUCAUUAACGUCACCAUAAUCAGGUUCAUCACCAAAUCAAGACAUCAAAUCAUCGAUACAAAUUUGUGUAAUCUCCAUACCAAAAUUGCCACCUAAACACACGUAAAAUAAUUUUGCAAAAGGAUGAACGAAAAAAAGUCUCUUUGCAAAUUUUUGGGUCAUUUCGUAUAGAAGAGAAACGGUGUGUUAAAUCAAUUGACAGUAUGACCCAAUUGGUGGUGGAUUUUAAAGGUAAAACCGACCCCAAAUGUGGAUAAUCCCCCUGGCGAAUUGUCCAACAUAUAAUAUUACAGCAACCAGCUCAAAAGUAUAUUAUUCUCCACUAACAAAGUCUCUCCAUGUUGGAUUAUUUGUAUUUUUUUUGGGAGUUUUUAUGGUCUUACUCAUUCAAUGUUGUUUCUUCGUGUUAAAAAAACGUUACAAGUUCUUUUUUUUUUAUUUUAGAACAUGGUUGUUCUUACAUAUUUACAUGUUAAUGUCUGCUCCCCUCAAGGAAAGAACAAAAAUGACCAAUAUCCCCAAUGUUGACGCAUUUUCAUGUUAUAUUCUUAAACUUAAUGAUUGUUGAGUUCCGUUUCCGGUGAUUUGCAUACAAGCACUCUUCAUGAGAGAAAUCUCACCCAAUUAAGUGUGAAAUCACAAAUAAAAUUCGUUGUAUAUAGAUAAAUUUGUUGAAUGGCAAAUUUUACAAAUUAUUCACACAAUUCCAAUCCCAUGAAUUUUGAUUUGCGACGAUUUUAUCUCAUUUUUGUGUGUUCAUAAUGAAUUCAACGGGUUGAAGAAGAGUUUUUCAGUGCCAAAUCUUUUGCUUUUUGUCGGAAAUUUUUCGAGUCAAUUAAUUUAAUGACACCAAAACCCACACUUUGUCUCCUUGUUGAAUAUUUUGGCGUGUCCCUUUUGUGUGAACUUCACUUCCUUGAGUUCUUUUCACACCAAUAAUGUGCCUAAAGAGAGAGAAAGUUAUUUCAGAGAGACAUUUUCUGGCUUAUACCACGUUCACGUCAUAAUUUAAAUUGGAUUAAAGAGUUUAACAAAGAACAAAAUUGAAGAUUUGUGAGGAGAAAUAAAAUUAAUGAAACAUUCAAGAAAGUUUGGCCAGACUUUUAAAGAUGUUCAGAACUUUCUUUUAUUUUUUCUUCUUUUCAUUAAACACUUUAAAAGUUUUAAAUGAAAAUAAAAUGAACGAAAAAAAUUAGAUGAACUUCAUCAUUAAAUUCUGUGCUUAGAAUUGAUUCUAUUCAAUGUUUGUCUCAAAUUCAUAUAUUUUUUUUUCAAAGAAACUAUUCUAAAAAAUAAAUCUAAUAGGUCUUUUCUUUGUAUAAUCUUACAUUUAAAAAAUUGUUUAUUUUGAAGUUAUCUUCGGCAAUUGAAAAUCAUUUAAGUUAUUAGCCGGUAAUAAAAUUUGGAACUUGGUAUAGGUUAGAAAUCUUGCGAUCCUUGCAAACCUACACCCCAGAGCUAAUUUAAAAUAAAACCGUCUAAUUCAAGAACUUUUAUCCCAAAAGAAUCUUAGCAUAUACUCGGUUUUCCCUUGGUUUUUAUGGUUUUCAUGGCCCUAAGUUUGCUCGUUCUCAAAUUACUUGGCUUAGGCGUGAUUUUAUGUUUGAAAAUUAUUUUAAAACCCCAACUGUUCUAAGCGUUCUAACUGACCUUAAUCCCUUAGUCUUUAAGGUGUAUUAAGCAACAAAUAACCUAGUUUUUCGUUUCGUUUCGAUGGAUAAAAAAUAGCAAGUCACACAAUAUCGUUUCAGUGUUCAUUUCUUUUGAUUUCAAUAAAAAAAAACACAAAACAAUUUAUUUUUUGUCUUUUUUAAAUAUUUUUUUUUUAUAUUUUCCAUAUAUGCUAAAUUAUUUAUUUUUUUCUUACAACAUCUAAAUCUUCCCGAAUUAUCCUAUGUUUCGUAUGGUGGUAUCGUCAUUUCCCCCUACGUUCUCCAAAAAAAAAAACCUUU